AUGGCUGCCCCUGACACGGCCGCGUUUCCCAACUACAAUGUUGACCUUUCUCAUGUGGAGGACCCCAACGAGCGUCGUCGAUUAGCCCUCGCACGCAUCGACGACGCCCCGUUCGGAUGGCGUCACGCUCGUGCGGUCGUUGUAGCCGGGGUGGGCUUCUUCACCGACUCCUACGAUAUCUUCGCCAUCAACCUCUGCUCAAGCAUGCUUGGUGUUGUCUUUUGGGAACACGCGACCAACCGCCCUGGCAAGAUCCCAUACAGCUCGGACACUGCCAUCAAGGUCUCCACCUCGGCUGGUACCGUCGUCGGCCAGUUGUUCUUUGGAUGGUUGGCAGAUAUUGUCGGUCGCAAGCGCAUGUACGGGAUUGAGCUGAUCAUCAUCAUAUUGGCUACAUUGGCACAGUGCUUGUCCUCGAAUUCUCCUGCAGUGUCCAUCACGGGCCUUUUGGUCUUCUGGCGUACAGUGAUGGGUAUCGGUAUUGGUGGUGACUAUCCAUUAUCUUCAAUCAUAACUUCAGAGUUCGCGAAUACAAAACAUCGAGGUGCCAUGAUGGGAGCCGUCUUUGCCAUGCAAGGCUUUGGACAGUUUGCUGCUGCAAUUGUCGCGCUAAUUGUGACGGUAGGUUUCAAAGGCUCCCUGGAGUCUGCAGCCUCCGUGACCUUUUACGGGCUUGGUCUUAACAAUUCCAUCAUUCUGACAGCCAUCGGCUGGAACGGUGGGAGUACUGUAUAUGAGUACUUCUACCGCAACGCUGUGGGCAACCUGAUCUUGAUCUGUGCUGGAGCCAUUCCAGGAUACUGGGUGACGGUUGCAACAGUCGACCGGCUGGGCCGCAAGCCAAUCCAGAUUACCGGAUUUGUGAUAUUGACCAUCAUAUUUAUCAUCAUCGGGUUCGCGUAUGAGCCGCUGAAGAGGUCCGACAACGGAUUAUUGGCAUUGUACGUGGUGGCACAAUUCUUCUUCAACUUUGGGCCUAACGCCACUACGUUCAUUGUGCCAGGGGAGUGCUUCCCUACGCGGUAUCGAUCAACCUCGCAUGGGAUCAGUGCUGCUUCUGGAAAGAUUGGUGCCAUCAUUGCGCAGUGUGUAUUCGGACCGCUGGCGCAUCGAGGAGCGAAGGAAGGCGUUAACUCGUCCGAUACGCCGUGGCUCAAUCAUGUAAUGCAGAUAUUUGCACUGUUCAUGCUGUGCGGGUGCUUAACCUCGUUGCUUAUUCCAGAGACGAAGCGUCUGACUCUGGAGUAUUUGUCUGGCGAGGAACCUACACGCACACCCAGGGUCACAGCCUCUGAACAGGAGCAGGGGCCGAAGCGGGAUGGAACGUAG